UUCUCUCUUGUCCCUGCGGCUUUGGAUGUUUUUGUCAGCCCUCGGAGGACAGCGGAGACAGGCGUUGCUAGGCUAGUAUCUGUACACUGGACUUGAAUGAAUGGAACAGUCACAUUGGUCACAAAAUUGCUUCUCUCGACAAAGCUAAAGAAACAACCUGAACUCAGAAGUCACGUCAGCUGUCCAUGUGCUCUCUGUGAGUCAAACAGCAGAUUUGCUGGUGUCGUUCUUCUGUGGUCAAACCAUCUGCAAAGAAAACGGCAUCAUACUUUGGGACAUUCCCUGGAUAUUGAAAGAAUAUUGUGCUGUUGCCGUAGUGACUCUCCAGAGGGACCUCGAUUGACAGGUCUCCCUCCAGAGGAACUCUGAGGGGUCGCCACCGAAAGGAACAUGUGCUAGAAGUUAUACAUCUGUCCUAAACGACUGGUCGGCUUUGACUCUAGAAGAUGAACAAUGAGGAUGAAUUCUACGAUGCCGUCACAGGCCUGGAUUCGGACGAGUCGUAUGAAGGGGUGUCGGAGGCCAGUUACAAAGAUGCGGUGGUGUUUGAUGGCAGCAGUCAGAAGAACAACGGAUCGGUGCCACAGGAGAAUGGCAUCAAGAAACACAGGACGUCAUUACCUGCGGUCAUGUUUUCUAGAAACACUAUCAGUGUCUGGAGCAUCCUGAAGAAAUGCAUCGGACUGGAACUCUCUAAGAUCACAAUGCCCAUCGUCUUCAACGAGCCUCUGAGCUUCCUGCAGAGAAUUACAGAAUACAUGGAACACACUUACCUCAUCAACAGAGCCUGCUCGCUGUCCAACUCCAUAGAACGCAUGCAGGCAGUAGCAGCUUUUGCUGUGUCAGCAGUUGCGUCUCAGUGGGACAGAACUGGGAAACCCUUUAACCCUCUGCUGGGAGAGACCUAUGAACUCACCAGGGAGGAUCAGGGUUUCCGGCUGGUGUCGGAGCAGGUAUCCCAUCAUCCCCCAGUCAGUGCCUUCCAUGCAGAGAGUCUGGUCGGGGACUUUGUCUUCCACGGUUCCAUCUACCCCAAACUCAAGUUCUGGGGAAAGAGCGUCGAGGCUGAGCCUAAAGGAACCAUCACACUAGAGCUACUCAAGCACAACGAGGGGUACACAUGGAGUAACCCUUUCUGCUGUGUACACAAUAUCAUCCUUGGCAAACUAUGGAUAGAGCAGUAUGGCACAGUGGAAAUAGUCAACCACAGCACUGGAGACAAGUGUGUGUUGAAUUUCAAGCCCUGUGGCAUGUUUGGCAAAGAGCUUCACAAAGUGGAGGGAUACAUCCAGGAUAAGAGUAAAAAGAAGCACUGUGUAAUCUAUGGAAAGUGGACCGAGUGCAUGUGGAGUGUCGACCCUCAGGCCUAUGAGGCCCACAAGAAGUCAGAGAGGAAAGGAGACAACAGGAAGCACAAAAAUGAGGAGCAGGAGGGAGCAGAGAACGAUGACGCAGACGACAUGCCCGACGUCCAGGAGACGGUUUCUGUUGUACCAGGAAGCACUUUGCUGUGGCGGAUAGAAUCCAGACCAGCACACUCUGCUGUGAUGUACAACUUCACCAACUUUACAAUGUCUCUCAAUGAGCUGGAGCCUGGCAUGGAGGCUAUCUUGCCCCACACAGACUGUCGCUUCAGGCCUGACAUCAGAGCCAUGGAGAAUGGCAACAUGGAUGAGGCCACUAAGGAGAAGGAGAGACUGGAGGAGAAACAGAGAGCUGCCAGAAAGGAGAGAGCCAAGGAUGAGGAUGAGUGGUCCACUAGGAACAGCCAUGUAAACAGAACAGAUGAACAGUCAAGGUGGUUCCAGAUGGGCACCAACCCAUACACCAACUCCCAGGGCUGGCUUUACACCGGUGGCUACUUCAAUAGGAACUACCAGGACCUACCUGAUAUCUACUGAUAGCCCGCUAGCCUUCAUCCUCCUCCUCUUCCUCCUCUAGAACCUGCAAUGACCUGCCUGUCAAGACAUGGAGAGAAAUGUUAAGACCUACCCUGCCCGUCUUCAUCUCACUGCCUUCAUCAUCAUCCUCAUCCUGAUCUUUAAAGUGACCAAUACACACCCAGCGCAAAUUGGAAAGACUUAAAAAGAGUCCAGAUGCCCGUCACUUCUCUCAAACAGCGGCCUGCUUGAUGUCGAUGGAGUCUUCAGGCCUUCACUUCAGUUUUGUUCUCACCAUGUGUGAUUUUGUCACAUAACGAUCAGCAAACGUUUCCCAUCUCUCUGCCCCGGCAUUGUUUAGAGCACAAAAAUCAUUUUAUUCCUGACCGAACGCGGCGGCAGAGAGGUGGUACGUGUGAAACGACCGUUAACGGCCGACUAACUCACAGAUCCAAUCUGAAUGUUUUAUGUCUUUACCAAUCAAACUCUCUCCUCCGAGAACCCACCUGCCAAGCCUCUGGACGGCGACAUUUAAAGCAUGUCAAAUGUGUCAUUAAUGAGUAAAAUAUGAGUAGAAACAUGAAGUAAAACAUAAUAAUCACAUAGAUGGAUGUGUGGACAUGGACGGACAUCCAGUCAACAUGGAAAUCAGGGAAGCGAAUGCUCCUUUGACUGAAGAUGAAUCUUGAGGAAGUGGUUUUUUUUUUUUUUUUCGUCUUCUUUUUUUAAACACUCAAAAAAUAAAUAUAGGUGACAUUGUACUCUUUAAGGAACAAAGUUAUAAAGAAAUACUGUUGCUCAAGAUAAA